AUGGAUGAGCUGAAUUUGAAUCUCCAGGAGGUCGACUCUCUCGAGGCAAUCGUGAUCGUGGACAAUGAGCUGGAUCCGAUGUCCCCUCCAGCUCCAGAUACUGUCCAAAUCGUGGGAAACUUAGGACAAAUCGCCCUGAGAUCGGAUAACAAUUUGACCGAUCGAGGUGGGGCAUCCAAAGAAAUGCGAAUGGAAGAUAUAUGCUGCUCUGCGCAUGGUCUCUCUAUUUUAGUGACAGCUACCAAGGGUGACCAGAAACACUCGGUCCUUUUCGAUGUUGGACCGGAAGAAGAUGUCUGGGAGAGAAAUGUCAAUCGACUACGUCCCAAUCUCUCGUCCAUCGAAGUCAUCCAACUCUCGCAUUGGCAUCGAGAUCACUCGGGCGGCCUAUUAAGAGCAAUCGAAAUGAUCAGAGAAUCCCGCUCAGACGACCUUGUCGUGGACGUACACCCAGACCGACCCGUCUACCGAGGAAUUGCUCUACCAGACACCAUCAUCUCCCUCCAGGCCGACCCAACCUUUGAGGAAAUCCAAAAUAGCGGUGCAGUACUACAAAAGCAUGACGAAGCUCACACGGUACUCGACGAUUUCUUCCUAAUCUCGGGCGAGAUUCCUCGAGUCACGCCGUACGAGACCGGCCUCCGGAACGCAGUCCGCUACGAUCCAGAAGAGAAAGACUGGUUCUCGGACGAACUCAUCGCGGACGAGCGCUUCCUCGCAUGCAAUCUCAAAGGCAAAGGACUCGUUGUAUUCACCGGCUGCAGCCAUGCCGGCGUGGUGAACACAGCAAAGAACGCAGUCCAACUCGGCGGCGGCGCACCACUCCACUGCGUCGUGGGUGGGUAUCAUCUCUCCAUGAGUGAGCCCGCGCAGGUACAGAGUACAGUUGCCGAUUUGAAACGACUGGACCCUGCAGUUCUCAUGCCCGGGCACUGCACAGGCUGGCGGGCGAAAUUCGCCAUUGAGAAGCAUAUGCCCGGUACCAUGGUUCCUUGCACAGUGGGGACAAAGAUUAUAUUUUAG